AUGUAGUAAGAUUAAAAGAUAACCUAAGACAAAGUAAGAAAUCUACUUUAAAAAUAUAUAAAUGAUGAACCCAAAGUAUAACAAAUGAUAUAGAAAAAUUAAAUUGCAAAAUUUGAUAUUGAUUUGAAGAAACAUUAAAAUUAUGAGUUUUAAAUAAAUUAACCACUCUAAUAAUUCCAAAGUUCAAAUUUAUCUUAAAAUUCUAAUAAUUAGUCUAAUUAUGAAGUUCAUUCAAAUUUAUCUCUAGAAUUACAAAAUAAUGAAGAAAAAAAAUUACAUAAUGAACAUUUUUAAUUUUAAUAAAAAAAUCUGAAGAACAAAACAAGCAAUAAGUUUAAAUCUCAUAGCUGUCAAAAUUCAAAUUCAGACUGUGGUUCAAAUUAUUAGUUAAAUCUAUAAGAUGAUUAUAAAAUUGAUUCUUAAAAUUAAUAAUGUUUAGAAUAAUAAUAGGAUUCGAAAUACAUAAAUUUUAAAGAACCUUAAAAUAGAUCUCAAUAUCAUAAACAAAGUUCAUAAAUUUAUGGAUUACAUAAUAAAACAUAGGAUUAGUUAUCCUUAUUAUUUUAUUCAAAAUAUCCUAAAUAAGAAACAAUAAAUAAUAAUGAAGCUAUAUUCUAAAGAUAAAUAACAGAAGAGAUGGAUAUUAAUAAUUCAAGUGGAUCAAAGAAAUCAAGAAUUUCUUAUUAAAUUUCAGAAGAUUUCAAAGGAUCUUUUAAACUUGAAGAUAUUUAAAGUAGGAGGAUUUCUAAAAUUUUUGAUUAAAGUGAUCAAUUUAAUAACGAAUUAUUUUAUGAAAAAAUUUUUGGUGUAGAAAAUAGCUAAGGAUCAGAUUAUAAUUAUUUUAAUAGUAAUUAAAGUUCAAAUAUACAUACCCCAUAAAUGGUAUCACUUAAAGAUAUAAAAUUAAGUAAAAAGUAGAUUACUAGGCUUAAUUUUAAAAAAUAAGACAACUAGCAAUUUUUUUCAUAAGAAUCUAGUCCAUUGCAAAAAAAUGAAGAAAAAAAGAGUUAUAAAAAGAAUCCGAACGAAUUAUCAAUCUUAAUUGAUAAAUCAGAAAAAGAUAGAUAAUAAAAUUUAUUUUCUAUACUUACAACACCGAAUAAUGGUGCUAAUCAUUAAAAAAAUACUAUGUCUUUUGGGCUUUAAUUACCUUAGCCUUGUUUUGAAAAAAAAUCAAAAAAAUCGAGUUUUUAAAGUGAUUUUCAAUAGGCCUAAAAAUCUCCAAUAAAUGAGGAUUAGAAUUGCUAAAGGAAUCAAAUUAAAAAUUAAAGAAAGGAAAGUUAUUCAAAAGGAAAACAAAAUUUAUUUGAAUAAAAAAUAAAAGAUAUGAGAUCAUUAUCUGAAAAGAAAUAGUAAUCUUUAGAAUAUGAUUAAAAAAAAAAAGAACUUGAGUAAGAACUUUUUUUGAAAAGAUAAACAAUCUAAAUGAAAGAUGAAAUUAUGAGAGAGUAAUAAUAAAAAAUUGAAUUAUAUUCUGAAAGAAUAAAUUCCAUUCCAAAUGAACAAGAUUGGGGUUCUGAUUUUCAUAAUAUAAGUGAAUUUAUUGAUGAUUAUCAAAGAAUUAUUUAUUAAUUGAUAUCUAAAUAGGAUUCAAAUAAAUCCCAUAUUUAGAUGAUUAAAUAACAUGUUUAGGAAUAUUAAUAUAAUGAUAAACUUUCCUAAUAAAAAAUAUAAAAACUGAAUUAAUUCUUAAAAAAUGAUAUUAUAUAGUAAAAUUAAAAUAUAUCCGAAUUAAGAGUUGAAUCAGAAAUCAAAAAUAUUUAGAAACAAUAAAUUUUAUAAUCUAUUUUCGAUAAUAUAGAAUUGUUAAAAUAAAAAUCAUAAAAUUUUGGAUUCAACUUUUUUCAUUCGAUUCAAGAACUUUUUGAUAAAUUAUUAUCUCUUAGUAAAAAAGAGAAGUUUAGAAAUAGAUUAUUAGAUUUGAACGAAUGUUUAAAAUAUGAAAUUUAGGAACUAAAUAAUUUUCUCACAAAAUAGGAAUAAAAUUCAAAAAUAAAUAACCUAAAAGAAGCAUUGGAAUAAGAAAUUUAAUUAUAAAAAUAAAUAAAUGAAAAAAUUUCUCAUAUAUCUAACCUCUUAAAAGAGAGAAUAAUUUAAAUAUAGGAAGGACACAAAGAAAUGUAGGAUUAGUUGAAAAAAACUCUAAAUAAUUGA